AUGGGGUGUGACUGUGCAAGCAAGGAGUUUAAAAACCAAAAUCUAAUGCAACUCCAGCUGCUAUAUGGAGACGAGCAAGCGAGUGCUAUCAAAGUCAAAACCUUCUACAGAGAAGGCAAUUCAUAUCUCAGUAGAAAGAAGAAUAAGGCUGGUCAGAAGAAAAAAGUGAUGCCGAGAUAA